UUGGCUGAGAUUGUGUCAACUAAUUGCUACCAUGUUGAAUUCCUUGGGGGGUGGUCUGACCCCCUCAGACCUUUGAAUAGUUCCGCCCCUGCAUGUCUAUAUAUACCUGCUCGAUAUAUAUACACAUCGAUCAUUUAUAACUAAUUAAUUAGUGCAAGUUGUUUCGAAGAUGAAGGUUUCCAGAAUUAGCCUGCAUCUGCAACUUUUGGGGUUGUUAUUGGCUUUGAAUGGCUUCCUCCUCCAUUGCCAAGCUUGGCCAGCUCGUUACACUUUUGUGGUGGAAAACACUCCAUACAAGAGACUCUGCAGCACAAAGAAUAUCUUGACUGUAAAUGGCCAGUUUCCGGGACCGACUUUGUAUGCUCACAAAGGAGACACUAUCAUCGUCGAUGUCUUUAACAAAGGCAAUCGUAACAUUACUCUCCACUGGCAUGGUGUUGCGCAACCAAGAUAUCCAUGGUCGGACGGACCAGAGUAUAUCACACAGUGCCCAAUUCAACCAGGGGCCAAAUUCACCCAAAAGAUCAUUUUCUCGGAGGAGGAAGGCACCCUUUGGUGGCAUGCUCACAGUGAGUGGGAUCGUGCCACAGUCCAUGGUCCCAUCAUCAUAUACCCCAACAAGAACAACAAAUACCCUUUUGCCAAGCCUCAUGCAGAAAUUCCAAUCAUAUUAGGAGAGUGGUGGAAGGUAGAUAUAGGGAAGCUUUAUACACAAACUAUUCAAUCCGGAGGGGACCCUAAUACUUCCGACGCUUACCUCAUCAAUGGUCAACCUGGCGAUCUGUAUCCAUGCUCUAAAUCAGAGACGUUCAAGUUGAUGGUUGAUUAUGGCAAAACCUACCUACUGAGACUAAUCAACUCCGGUGUGCAAGAGAUUCUGUUUUUCGCCAUCGCCAAUCACAAAGUUACAGUUGUAGGGACAGAUGCUAGCUACACCAAGCCUUUCACAACCGAUUAUGUCACCAUCUCACCUGGUCAAACCAUUGACCUUUUGCUCCAUGCUAAUCAGAGGCCUAACCACUAUUACAUGGCCGCUACAGCCUACGUUGGUGGCGCUGUUCCUUAUGAUAACACCACCACCACAGCCCUACUACAAUACACGAAUCGGGGUUACACCCCUUCUUCAACCCCUUUGUUUCCUAAUCUUCCUGCUCACAAUGACACUAGUGCAUCAGUUCAUUUUAGUGGUAGUCUCAGGAGCUUGGCUGAUAAAAACCACCCCAUUGACGUUCCACUAAAAAUUACAACUCCCUUGUUUUAUACCAUCUCCGUCAACACGUUCCAGUGCCCCAAUAAUUCAUGCGCCGGGCCUAAUGGGACGCGUCUGGCUGCUAGUAUAAACAACAUUAGCUUUGAGAGCCCUAGCAUUGACAUACUACAAGCUUACUAUUACCAUGUCAACGGGGUAUUUGGAACUCGGUUUCCAAGUUCCCCGCCUUUGCUUUUUAACUUUACAGCGCAGUACUUGCCGCAGUACCUUCAGACCCCGAAACAAAGGACAGAGGUGAAGGUACUGGAGUACAACGCGACAGUGGAGCUUGUGUUUCAGGGGACUAAUUUGGUGGCAGGGGAUGACCAUCCAAUGCAUCUUCAUGGUUACAGUUUCUAUGUGGUUGGAUUGGGGCUUGGGAACUUUGACAAGGAUAAGGACCCUUUGAAAUAUAAUCUUGUUGAUCCUCCUCUUCAAAACACCAUUGCUGUCCCUGUAAAUGGGUGGGCUACCAUCAGAUUCAAGGCUGAUAAUCCUGGAGUUUGGUUUAUGCAUUGCCAUCUGGAUAGGCAUAUGUCAUGGGGGAUGGAUACGACAUUCAUAGUGAAAAAUGGAAAGGGACCUGAAGCUCAAAUCUUACCUCCACCACCAGAUAUGCCACCUUGCUGAAUGCUGGCUCUCCACAAAUAUCUGAUACAAUUGAAUAAAAUUGGUCAUGCAACGUACAUGUUGUCUAUCUAUAUAUACAUCUAGUUAUUUGUUUAGCCUAAUAUGUUCCAAUAAGAGUAAUUAAGCAGAUAGUUAUUGCUAGAUAUACUUGUAAUGUUUUUUGUACUGUGUCCAGGAAAUGAAAGGAAGUUUGCAACUUUGCAUAA